AUGUCGUCGUUCAACUUUGCUCACGAUCUGGAAGACGCUGAAAGAGGAGAAAAUCGGGACCGGAGAAACGAGAAGAGCGAUAAAAGAUCUCCCGCGAAAGAGAAACUCAAUCUAGUAUCUCCAUACGCCAAAUAUGCAGCACCAGACGCUCGGAUUUGGGGUCUGUAUCUGGAGGAAGCGGAAGCGGAAGACAGGGAAUUGAUGGAACCGUGGAACAAGGAUUUGGACUCGCUUCUGAUUUUCGCCGGUUUGUUUGCUGGCAUCUUGACCGCAUUCAUAAUCGAAAGUCGCAAGGAGCUGUACGAAGACCCACAAACGCGCUUAUUGAAAGACAUUCUUGGGGCAAUACAGAAUGUCCCCAGUACUUCGACUCGUGAAGCAUUCGAGCCAGAAACAUCUUUUUUAAACAUUAAUGGUCUCUGGUUCAACAGUCUAACUCUCACUCUCAGUAGUGCGCUCGGCGGCGUUCUCUCUAAAGGUUGGAUAGCAAAACACGGUAGCUCAUCGACACGCAAGACCUCGAACGACGCAUACGCUCGACAUCUCCGUGCGAGUCGGAUCCGGAAAUGGAGAGUUGGGGCGAUCAUAUCCGUCAUCUCUCUCCUCAUCCAAAUCGCCCUCUUCCUGUUCUUCGUUGGCCUAGUUCUAAUUCUAUGGGAUGCGGCAGACAGGAUCAAGUUCACUGUUCUUGCACUUGUCUCAAUCACGUCUCUCACCUACUUGGUGAUCACAUUCCUUCCAUGGAUCUUUCCGGCAUGUCCUCUCCAAACUCCAAUCACGGAAGGCACGCCUUGGAUCAAAAGGCCGAUGGUCUAUGGUCAACGCUUUGGGUCGUCAGGUCAUCGUGGGGGGAAUGGUGGCAGCCUUUUGAAGGAGCUUAUUUCCCUAUAUGAAGAGCUUCGUUCGAUCCCGGAGCCACAGGAGCUUCAGGCUCAGACUCUCGCAUGGAUCAUAUCGAAUAC